AUGGCUUUCAACUUCGGUGCGUCCAACCCCGCUGGGGGAAAUACCUCUGCGGAGCUUGGUUCAGAGCUUCCCGAUGUCUUUACCGAUGAAGUCGGUUUCAAAGGCGUUUCCGGGGAUGCAAACAUCCGCUUCCUCCCAACGGCAUGGCCCGACGACGCGCUUCCUGCUCCUACUUCUUCACUUCUGGCCGUGGCACACACCAAAGGCCUUGUUGUUGGUGCUGGUCCAGAUGCGCUGGUAAUCAGCACCGCAGAUGUCAUUAGAAAGUCAAUCGAGGCGCCGGCUGGAGAAGAUAUGGAGAAAACGAAGCCAUUCCAACCUCUCGCCACAAUUCCCCUUCCUUCUCGUCCCACUCAUGUGGCAUUCACACCGGGCGACGACGGCUUGAUUCUCGCCACGGAGAACGGCCCCACAAUCUCGGUCUUCGAUACAAACACCCUCACACAAGGAAAUGCGCAGCCAGCGAUUUCGAUUCCCACGAAUGGCGUGUCGCUACGAGCACUGGCACCAAACCCCGACCCUUCCUCGACACUCGUCGCGCUGGUCACCGUUAAUGGCGAGCUUCUUAUCGCCGAUCUCAAGGCUGGGAGCCUACUUCCUGGACCUAAUGGCCCGGUUCUCAAGGAUGGUGUCAGCUGUGCUGCAUGGAGCAACAAAGGAAAGCAGCUUGUUGCUGGAUUAGCCGAUGGCACUGGAUACCAAAUGACCCCAGAUGGAACGAAGAAGGCUGAAAUUCCUCGGCCAUCUGAUCUGGAGGGAGAUUGCCACAUUUCAUCAAUCGCAUGGCUUGAAAACGAUGUUUUCUUUGUGACAUACACACCAAAUGUUUCAGAGGAUGAUAUGGGAAUGAACCCAGCUUCUUCAUACUACAUCAUAACCCGCCGCAAGCAGGCACCGUUCCUCAUCCAGAAAUUGCCAGAAGUCUGCUCGACUAUGGGCUUUAUGUUGAAGCGUGGUCCCGCAUUCCAAUUUAUCACCAGAAUUAGAGAGUACAAACCUCACUUGAGAGAUGUCUUGAUCGUCGCGUCAACUGCCUCGACUGAUCUCGGCCUCAUCACGCGAUCUGAUCAACCUCUGGCCAACGAUGAGCGAACCAAACCUCAUAUUGGUCAGUUCAUGACCACAGAAGUAAGCGACGACACCAAACGUGCCAGUGUCCCAUUGAAGGACUCUGGAGACGAGACAUCGGUCAUUGGCUUAGCACAAAACCUGUCAGCCACGGAAAAUGUCAUUGCGCCGCUUCCUGGUUCCGAUAUCUUGGAGAGCUCGACGCCCCUUCCCGGGGUUCUUCUUUUGAAUAAUGAUGGUAUCCUCUCAUCUUGGUGGUUCGUCUACGCUGAUUCCAUUCGCCAAAACAUCCCGUAUUCGGGGUUGAUUUCGUCUGGUCAGGCAACCCAAGCUCCGUCUCAACCACAGGCUAUAGCUCCAACCCCGGCCCCAGCCCCUGCACAGCAACCUGCCUUUGGCCAGUCAUCGUUUGGAGGUUCAUCGGCAUUUGGCCAGCCAGCUUUCGGAAAGCCGGCGGGAGCUUCUGCAUUUGGUAGCCCAUCAGCCAUGGGGGCUUCAACUAUGGGCGCAACUGCUUUUGGGAAACAAAGUGCUCCAGCAUUUGGCAGUCCGUCCCGGCUUGGUGGAAGCCCUAGCCCGGCCUUUGGAAAGACGUCGUCUCCGGCCCCUGCUCCCGCUUUUGGGACCCCCUCUCAGCCGGGCGCAUCAUUCGGCACUCCCAGUACCCCUGGACAGGCACAGUUCGGGAAGUCUGGAUUCGGGAUGGGAUCUGGACUUGGACAGUCUGGCGCCCCGGCAAACCCAUUCGGGGCCAAAGGUGCAGUACCUAGCGGUGGUGGUUUCAGCUCUUUCUCCGGCGGAGGCGGCUUCAGUAGCUUUGCAACAGCAAAGCCGAGCGAGUCACCAUUCGCCGCGAAGCAGGCAGGCGAGUCACCGUUCGCGGCAACACAAUCAAAAGGGUCGCCCUUCGCAAACGCCUCUGCUGGUGAAAGUCCUUUCGCCAAAAGCUCUGCCUCACCCUUUGGAGCCAAGCCUACAACCCAGACAUCGUUCCCACCUCCAGCUUCCACUGAAGCCAAGAAUCCCUUUGGCGCUGCGCAAGGUGGGUUUGAGCUCAAGUCUACCUUCAAGGGCGAUGGUUCGGCUGUCAAUGAUGGGCCAAAAGCAGACAAACCUUCUGCCGGGGCGUUCUCAUUCGGUGGCUCCUUUGACGAGAUGGUGUCAACGCCCCGCAAGGGAAGCUCAUCGCCAAGUGAAUCAAUGGAUGACACUGAAGAUAUCGAGCCCGUGAAUAAGGAGACAUUCUCAAUUUUCGGCGGGCCAAGCAAACCUGCUUCACAGACUCCCACAUCAAUGUUCAGUUCAAAGACAACAACUUCGGCCGAGAACACCAAGUCGGCAUUCCCGAUGUUUGGCACCACUGCCGAUCAAAACCGCGUGACCAGCCCAUUGUCAGCACUAUCUGAUAAGACAGAGACACCCAAGAAGAAUUGGUCUAAUGCAUCAAGUAUCGAUGUGGAGGCGCCAUUGCCACCAGACUCUACUAGCCGGGAUAGUUAUGCCCCUGGAGAUACUUCAGCUUCUUCCAACGUGUCGAAGUCCUCCGCCGAGGAUGCCCCGCUUCCUCCCGAUUUCACCAAGGCGAAGAAGGCUUCACCAAAGCCUGAAGAUGACGCCCCUCUACCGCCUGAUUUCCUUUCGCAAAAGAAGUCUGCUCUGAAGACGGACGAUGCUCCUCUCCCUCCCGACUUCCUCACACAGGAGAAGCCUGCUCCCAAGACGGACGAUGCUCCUCUCCCUCCCGACUUCCUCACACAGGAGAAGCCUGCUCCCAAGACGGACGAUGCUCCUCUCCCUCCCGACUUCCUCACACAGGAGAAGCCUGCUCCCAAGACGGAUGAUGCUCCUCUCCCUCCUGACUUCCUCACACAGAAGAAGCCUGCGCCCAAGCCGGACGACGCCCCCCUUCCUCCAGACUUCCUAACAAAGCCCAAAAAGUCCGAGGCUGUGGUUGUCCCCGAGGACGCACCUCUGCCCCCGGACUUUACUGCAAAGCCAAAGACUGAGUCUUUCGAAGAGGCAGUUCCAAUCCCUGAUGAAUCUGAUGAAUCUGGUAUCUCCGAUGCAGAUUCCGAGGCCGCAGACGAGUCAGACUUCAGUGAUAGCGGCGAAGAAAUCACACACGACGAGGCAUUAAUCACCAAAUCCAAGCAAUCAGCUCAGACCUCGUUCGGUGCAGUUUCCGAGCAAAGCUCCACCGGUGGAUUCUUCAGCAGUCCUGCUCGAAACGCGGAUAACAACGGCCGCCUUCCCCGGCAGCUAUUUGGGGAGAUCCCUAAGCAGCCACUGCUUCCUCCCCCGGGCCCCAUUGCCCAAGGUAAUCGUGAGCCCUACCGGUCACCGAGUCCGGUACGACUCGCAGGGAAAAAGAAUGCGCUAUUCUCCGAGAAACCACAUAGCCGUAAGGGGGACACUGGCGUGCUGCACUCCCGUAAGGCAUCUCUUACUCAUAUUGCCAAGCGUGAUGGCCACUUGAGAAAGGCCAGCGAUGUUACUCGCGAGGGGCAAGAGAAGCAAGCACGCGCACAUGCAGCGGCUCAACUUCAAAAAGAUGAUGUUCUAUCUUUGUCAGACGACGACGAGGACGAUAGACUCCGCGAUGAACUGGCUCAGCCUAUUGAGCCCGUUGAUACCCUGGAUCCAUUCUUGCCCCACCAGAACUACAUGGGCGAGACUGCGAAGCCAGGUAUUGCUGGCCAGGUUGAACGACUCUAUCGUGACAUCAACUCUAUGGUAGAUACAUUGGGCAUAAAUGCCAGAUCACUGGCAGGAUUCCUUCUUCACCAGCAGCCCAAGAAACCCUCUGAUAUUGAUGAGUGGGUGGUGGUCCUGAACAGCGACCAGCCUGCUGACAUUCUCGACACGAAGAUGGCCUUGAAGGACAUCGAGAGAUUUGAAGAGCUGAUUGCCUCAAUUGCGCAAUCAUUGGACAACCAGCGGGUGCAGGGAGUGGACGAAAAGCUCGAAGCAUGCCGUGACCUGCUCACAAAGCAGGUUGUCACCCUGCGAGGCCAGUUCGCAAGUAUCCGCAAGACUCUCGACGCACACACUGACAUCGGGGCUAUUCUUGAAGCACCACUUUCUGCCGAGCAAGGUGCACUCCAGCAUGAUCUGCGCACGACAUUCACGAACAUCCAGGUCAAGAUGGCUGCUCUUGAACAGGCAGUCUCGCUCCUGCGUGCCAAGAUCGCUGACAUUCCGCAGGCGAAUGGCACUGGCAGGAACCGACCAACCGUCGAAGCUGUUACCAAGACCAUUGCUACAAUGAUGAGCAUGGCCGAGGGAAAAAGCACAGACAUCGAUGUUCUCGAGGCACAGAUGCGCAAGCUCGGCGUGGACAUUGCUCCCACAGGACCCCCAAGCCGCGAGGCGUCCCCCUUCUCUACUCCUCGCAAGAACGUUGCCGGCCGUAUUCCGAUGACUCCUGGGUCGCGAGGCUCGAUCGACGGUAGCGCCUAUCACACCCCCGAUUCCGUUUCGCGCGGUCUCAACUUCCGGGCUAGCAUCAAUGGCUCGGUGAGACACAGCCGUCUCCGCAGCGUGGAGGGUGCUGGCGAGCCUGUCCUCCCUCAAGAAGACGCCGUCCAAUACAAGGCCAAGAAGUCGCGUCGCCAGCACUUGAAUGCCAACUUGAAGAAGGCCUUCGAGGACAAGCAGGCAAAGGUGCGCGGCGUCGAUGACUGGUAG